AUGCUAAAGCUAAAUGAGCCACAAACAUGGUCCACAGACAAUUUAAAAGUAUGGUUGGCCGAACACAACGUAGACUACGGAGGGAUUACACAGAAGCCAGACCUGGAAAAAUUGGUGGAAAACAAUUGGAGAGCAACAAAAGAAUCUUGGGACUCGAUAGACGAGGCGGUUGUCGAAUUUUCCAAUCGCGUUGGACAGUAUCUGAAAGAAACUCUUCAUGAAUAUAAGGAUGCAACACAGGAGAAUUUGCAAACGCUCCAGGAUGAAGCCGCUAGCACCAUUGAAGAUGUGCGUGAGAGUGUUGGCUUGACUGAGGAUCAAAUGGCAGGAGCCCUUGAGAAAGUCAAGUCUAACCUCGGGACGGACGAUACCAAGAUCAAUAAGGUUAUUCAGGAUAUCAGCCAAUCGUAUUCUCUUGCGAAAUCAAAGAGGGAUGAAAUCGUCCAGGGAUGUCUCAGUCGAAUCAAGGAAGAUUAUAAAAAUUCGAAAGAUGUCUCUACUGAUUGGCUAAAGGGCAAAAUUGAAGACUUGUAUAACAGCGCUGGGUUUGCCAAAUCAAGAAUCCGGGCCCAAUACGUUCUCAUUAUCAACGACGUUCACGAACAACUCGUUUCGUCCGAGGAUUUGUCAGCUGAUCAAGCCAAGGCUACUAGUGAUAAACUCUUGGCAUCCCUCGAUGCAACAUAUAAUACAAUGGGUAGUAAGGUAGACUACCUUCGUAAGGAGCUGUAUAACACUAUUGGUUCAUUAUCUUACAAAAUCGUUUCCGAAUUAAAGUCGCAAUUCGCGGCAAUUAACGACUAUCGCCUGCUCACACAGGAUAAGAUUCAAAGUGUAGCCGAUCAGAUUGUCAAGAAACUAACAGAUGGAAAAGAUUUUACAGUAGAUCAAGUCGAGGCUAUUAAGAAUGCCGCAACAAAUUACUUGAGUAAAGCUAGAGAAGAAGCCGAUGUUAUUACCGACCAGACUAAACAAACGAUAUUCGAAACGAAACAAACUCAAGAAGAUCGGUUCAAUCGAUUGGCAGAGUAUUUGAGGGGUGUGUUCCAGAAGACGCGCGAUGCGUCAUCGGAGCAGAUCUCUGCGCUAUGUUCGGAUCUUCAAGAGAAGUUAAUAGCUACUCAGAAUUUGACCAAAGAACAGGCAAGAAUAGUAAAAGAGACAAUGGACGAAAAGCUUGGGGACGUGAAGAGUGCAAAGGACUUGUCUGAAGAGAAUGUGAAUGAAUUCAUUGAUGCUUUACGCCAGAAAUUUGCGAAUGCAUACGAUGCCACUAGCCAACAAUACGAAAGCAUUGCUUCAAAAGUGAAAGAGCAGUUGCCAACAAAAGAUGAGUUGUAG